UCAGGAGACAUUCUCAGAAACGGCAUUGGGGUUGUCUUCCCCCCCAGCCCCCGCCUUUCUUUUCGCCGCGCCUCUUUGACGUCACGUCCGCUAAGGGGCGGGCCCGCGCUCCCAAACCCGUGGCGGGAGCCUGAGCUUCAGUGCGACCCCGGCCAGGUGUGGGUGUGAGUUCGGCAUGGUGGACAGGUAUCGUCCGCCUCUGCUGCCGCCCAGGCUCAACAUGAACAACAUAUCUAGUACUCAAGAAUCUCUUAUGCCUAAAAAUUCUUGUUUGAAAAGUGAGUUUGAAGAUCAGCUGUUGUUUUUACCUGAAAAAUUAAGAGCAAGAUUACUUCCUUUCCAGAAGGAUGGGAUCACCUUUGCAUUGAGAAGAAAUGGCAGGUGUAUGAUUGCUGAUGAAAUGGGUCUAGGAAAAACAAUUCAAGCAGUUGCCAUAGCUUAUUUUUACAAAAAUGAAUGGCCUCUUUUAAUAGUUGUUCCUUCAUCUCUGAGAUAUCCUUGGACAGAGGAGAUUGAGAAAUGGGUUCCAGAACUAGGACCGCAAGAGAUCGUUAUUAUUCAGAAUAAAACUGAUGUUGGGAGAAUAUCGACCAGCAAAGUGACAGUUCUAGGUUAUGGUCUAUUAACUACAGAUGCGAAGCUUCUGAUAGACACUCUAUACAAACAGAACUUUGAAGUCAUUAUAAUAGAUGAAUCACACUACAUGAAGUCCAGAAAUGCAUCCCGAAGCAAGAUUUUGUUGCCUUUAGUACAAAAAUCUAGAAGAGCCAUUCUUCUUACAGGGACUCCAGCUUUAGGAAGACCUGAAGAGCUUUUUAUGCAGAUUGAUGCACUUUUCCCAAAACAAUUUGGAACAUGGACUGAAUAUGCAAAAAGAUACUGUAAUGCUCAUGUCAGGUAUUUUGGUAAACGAGCUCAGUGGGACUCCAGAGGUGCAUCAAAUCUAGGUGAACUUCAUCAGCUAUUAAGUAAUAUAAUGAUCAGGAGAUUAAAGACUGAAGUUUUAACCCAGCUACCCCCUAAAAUUAGACAACGUGUUCCAUUUGAUCUUCCAUCUGCAGCAGCAAAGGAAUUGAAUACUAGCUUUGAAGAGUGGGAGAAAUUAAUGAGGGCUCCACAUUCAGGUGCCACCGAGACUGGUAGCCACUUUUUUCAAGCCAUGGGGCUGAUGACCCGUAUGUUUAAACAAACAGCUAUUGCCAAGGCAGGUGCAGCAAAGGACUAUAUUAAAAUGAUGCUUCAGAAUGAUUCGCUUAAAUUUUUAGUUUUUGCUCAUCAUUUAAGCAUGCUCCAAGCUUGUACAGAAGCAGUUAUAGAAAGCAAGGUUCGUUACAUUAGAAUAGAUGGAAGUGUUCCUUCUUCAGAAAGGAUAUAUCUGGUCAAUCAGUUUCAGAAGGAUCCUGAUACUCGAGUGGCUAUCCUAAGCAUUCAGGCUGCUGGACAGGGUUUAACUUUCACUGCAGCGACUCAUGUCAUAUUUGCUGAGUUAUAUUGGGAUCCAGGACACAUAAAACAAGCAGAAGACCGUGCUCACCGAAUUGGACAAUGCAGUUCUGUAAAUAUCCACUAUCUUAUUGCUAAUGGAACACUGGACACUUUGAUGUGGGGGAUGUUGAACCGCAAGGCCAUCGUUACUGGUAGCACACUGAAUGGUAGGAAAGAGAAACUAGAGGCAGAAGAAGGUGACAAAGAAAAGUGGGAUUUCCUGAAAUUUGCUGAAGCGUGGACACCAAAUGAAAAUUUUGAAGAAAUCAGAAAUGAAGUUCUGUUCACCCAUUUUGAAAAAGAAAAACAGCAUGAUAUUCGAGCCUUCUUUUUACCAAAACAUAAUAAGAAAAGACACACAAUGGCAUCCUGUGAUGAAUCAAACGUACUACAGGAAAAAGAUACUGAGAAGGCCUUGGAUUGUAGAAAUAUAGCUACGAGGGAUGCCAUUGAUUAUGGAAGUGAUUUUGAACCUGAAGGUAAAAGAUGGAAAUCAGUGGACACUCAGAACAAUUCCUGUCAAAAAGAGAAAAGACCAUCAUGGUCUAGUCCAACAAAUGCUGAAUUUAUAAAAGAAACAAUUCAGGAGACAAAGUCUAAUUCAAUCAACAUAUCCCUCCCUGGAAAAAAUUGGCAGUGUGGUCUCUGCACCUAUGUUAAUAGUUCAUUAUUGCCUUAUUGUGAAAUGUGUGAGACCCCUCAAGGCAGUGCUGUACAUCUGAACAAGCAGCAAAUAGACGAUCCCAACUGUAUCCAGGAUGAAAAAGGAAAUCAGGUGAAUGAGUCUCAGAACAGCGCCUUACAAGUUAAAACCAACUCUUCCUGUGCGCAAGUCCUUGAACAAUCAGCAGUGGAACAGUUUGUGGAAAGCAAGAGAGAAAAAGCUGAAAGUGAAAAUGAAGGUGGAGAUGGACCAAAACCCCAAAAAGAAGAGUUGAAGGAUUCAGACACUUUACCUGUAUAUGAUGUCCUGAUGUUUUGUGCAAGUAAGAAUACAGACAGAAUUCAUCUCUAUACUAAGAAUGGUGAGCAAAUGAACUGCAAUUUCAUUCCUUUGGAUGUAAAAUUAGACCUCUGGGAAGAUUUACCAGCAUGUUUUCAACUGAAACAAAACCGUUCACUGAUUUUGAAGUUUGUACGGGAGUGGAACUGUCUCACAGCCAUGAAGCAAAGAAUUAUCAGGAGAAGUGGCCAUAUCUUUCACAGCCCUAUUCUGGCUUUGGAUGAGAUAACAAAGCAACAGACUAAACAAAAUAGUACCAAAAGAUACAUAACUAAAGAAGAUGUUGCAGCGGCUGCUGUGAACAAAGUGCAGAGUGAUGGGGGUAGCAUCCGUGUGAUCACAAAGGAAUUCAGGUUUUCCUCUAAAAACCAAACCUCUUCUGCUGUAGAAACAUGGGAAACUACUAUAAACCCAGUCCAAGGUGAUCUCACCACACAACCUUCUACAUCUAAGGGAUUUUUGCAGGCUGUGGAUAUUGAAGGAAAUCCACUUUGUCUCCACUGUCAACAACGUACUUGCCAAUCUGGCCAACAGUACAAAGUGAGCGCUUGGGAUUCACGGUUUUGUUCUCAGAAAUGUCAGGAGGAAUUUUGGAUUCGAUCAAAUAAUAGCUAUCUGCGUGCUAAAGUAUUUGAAAUUGAGCAUGGUGUGUGUCAGCUUUGUAAUCUGAACGCCCAGGAACUCUUCCUUUCUCUCAGAGAUGCUCCUAAAAAUCAACGGAAGAAUCUUCUACAAACCACUUGGAUCUCAAAACUCUCCAUAGAACAGUUAAAUGAGAUGAUGAUAAACCCUGUAGAAGGGCAGUUCUGGCAAGUGGAUCACGUCCGACCAGUCUACAGUGGAGGAGGGCAGUGUGCUCUGGAAAACCUUCAGACUCUAUGUACAGUUUGUCAUAAAGAGAAAACUGCUAAACAAGCCAAAGAAAGAAGCCAGGAGAAAAGGAAAUCUUUAGCUUCAAAGCAUGGAUCUGACAUCACAAGAUUUUUCAUAAAGAAGUAGAAUACAAACAUAUUUAUCUGGAGCACAAAUGGAUCAAAUAUAAAGGAAUGGGAACUUGUGAGAUUUUUUUUUUAAGUUUCAUAUUUACUCUUGUUAAAACUUGGAAAAGGUCAGUCAAGAAUUUUCAAGAUUUUCUCUGCCACCAUGACGUGAACUGCCUCAGUGUUACCGAAGGCCCACAACCAUUGUGUCAAGGCACACUCAUCAGGAGGUAUUUUGUCAUGAGUCACUGGGUUUGAUGGCAGAAACGGCAUCAUUGCAGAGUACUAAAUUCCCAUGAUCUUGGUUUUAUUGAGAAUUGCAUCCAUGUUUAGUGAGGUUUUUUUAACCUGCCUUUUUCUAUUGGAUCUUAAUUACUACAUCACACAGAUUUUGUUUUUUAAAAAAAUCUGCUUUGUUACUUUUGAGCUGGUGCUAGGAUUUGUGUUGGCUUUGGAGUGAUCUGGCUCUCAAAUCGCUUGCAGUCCAAAAAUACCUCUUUGCUAAUAUCAUGCUUAUUUGAAAAUCUUGGGUCAGUCACUGAAACUAUGCUGGUAUGCAGGAAGAGACCCAUAUUUCCAAAAUGUCUCCAACUUGGUUUCUUACAUUAUGCAUUUUGCGGUUUGGUUAGCUUGACUUAUUGACAAUAAAUACACAUUUGAAAAUAAACUAAUAUAAAUACCAUAUUUAUGGACAACUUGGUGUUUCUGGGCAAAGCUGCCAAUAAAGUUAUUUCAAAAUUGACUUUCCAUUUAAAAAGGAACACACUAUUUAAAGACUUCAUUUGACUGGUUUCUGAAAUGGCUAAAAUCAAAGUUACCAUCAUUGAAAUAUCUUCAGCAUCAAACAGGUAAGCUUUUCAUCCUAGCCUAAAGAUUUCCUAGUUUUUAUUGUCAUUCUUUGCAUUCUGCAAUCAUGGAAAGGUGGCACAGGAUAAUAUUUCUUUAUAGAAUUGUGUCAAGUAGUAGAUAACUCAUUCACUGGAUUAGUUUAGUGUUAUUCUGUAAAGUAGGCUGUGUUUCUUUGGGCCUCCUGUCUUCUUUUCUGUAUGAGCUGUUGGCAGACUUCUGCCUCUGUAGUUGGCUCACUUCAAGGUUAAUGUAGGAUUUGGCAUAGUUGGUAUUUCAGAAACACAGGAGACUAUAAUCAGAGCCCAGCAUGCUUUAUUUCCUGUAUCAAUAACAUGGUAGCAAGUUACAGUUUGGUAGCUGUAGAUCCCACCUGAGCAGUCUCUAGCUCUAUGACUGCAAACUAAAACAUUAAUCAUAAAGGAAAAGACAUGUGAAUUUAGGAAGUAGAACAGAUUGAGAUGAAAUGAGCCAAGAGCAUCUCCCUUCAUGCCAGGUUUCAAAAAUGUUGACCAUUCAAAAAGUUUUACAAGAUUAAAUGACAUCAACAAGCAUCUGCAUGCAAGAUAUUUAGAAUCCCAUACUCUUCCUGUCAUUUACAACUUAUCUUGAAUGAUGGAGUCACAUCUUUUUCCAGGAUGUUGUAUUUAGCCCUUCUAAAGCAUAUUGAGGUUAAGGUUUUUGAGGCAGAAAUCCAAGAGUUAAAAUAGAUCUGCUAUCAAAGACUUCAGACUAAAGAUCUCUGCAGGCGAGUCUUUUGAAAUUGUUCUUUCUCAAGGGCACUUGCAAAACGGAACUAUCAACUGAGGAGAUAAAAAUGAAAGUCCAUUCCAAAGUACAAGGAGGGCACCAACCCAAACAAUGCAAUUCUCCAAUAACAACAGUAAUCCGGAGUGAGUUCUCAGAGAAGAAAAGUUGCUACAGUAUAAGAAAUCUAUAGUGAAUAGAAAUUGAUGACCAAGUAAAAUGGUUCCCCGAAUCUGAAAAGACAUAGGAAGGUUAUACAGUUUGAGUUAUCGUCCCCAAAUUAAAACAAUACAGUGAUUGAACUGGGAAUUUUCAUGCUGGGAAUGAAUCGAAGAUUUGCUGUAUUAUAACCAAGAACUAUAAUUAUGUUGUUAGAUGGAGGCUUUCCUUUUACAUAGAACGUUGGUGGUAGAGCUCUUAAAUAUUUUCGUUGCUUGAGAAUGAGGUUUAUGUCACAGGUUCUCAACCAGGUCCAGAUGAGAAAAAUGAGUACCAGGUAUCAGGGGAUCUUUUCUUGCAUUAACAUUGUUCUUGUUAUAUUUAGUAACACAGAUCUGUAAACAGACUUUGGAAACAAAUGAAGAUGCCAUAGUGGACACAUUCAUUUGGAAUUUAAAAAGAAAAAAAUUCACUCAGCAAUCAUUGCAAUUAAAUGUGCAUAUAUGAAGUUUUUCUGUUAAUAACAUUCAACUUUUACCACUCCCCCCCAUAAAUGUUGAUGGCACAGAUUUUUCUGCUUGUGUCAUGUUAAUAAAUUGAA